AUGUGGGCCAGACAACCCAUCGAAGCGUUGAUCCUGCCGAGGCUCACCGAUUAUAGGCCCACCGUGACUGAGAUCCCUCAGGAGUGGCAUCAUCUCGCAGGGCUACCGUUGGCGGAUGACUACCGCAACGUGGCUCCCGUAAUGGCGGUUCUCGGGGCCGAGGUGUACGCUGCCAUCGUCUUGCCGCAGAUCCGACGGGGCCCGCCACAGGCACCCAUGGCACAGGCCACGCGUCUCGGCUGGCUGAUCAUGGGAUCCACAACACAGGCGCGAGCUGCUCGUCAUGCCAGCUGCAACACGCUCCAGUCGGAGUGCGACCCGCUCCUCGAUCAAUUACGACGAUUCUGGGCGGUGGAGGAGGUGCCCGAAGCCAACACGCUCACGCCGGAGGAGGAAGAGUGCGAGCAACACUUCAGGGAGACGCACGGCCGAUUGGCGGAUGGACGAUACCAGGUGCGAGUUCCGUUUCAGCAAGGCUCAGCCCUCGGGGACUCGAAGCCAGCCGCUCGCGCCUCACUGACGCGUCUGGAGCGACGGUUCCAGAGCCAGCCGGAACUCCGCGAGGCGUAUGUCGCGUUUAUGAGCGACUACGAGCGACUCGGACACAUGAGUCGUGUCACGGAGACCAGUCAGGACGGGCGCCCUGUGUUCUUCCUGCCACAUCAUCCGGUGAUAAAGAGGUCAGGGGCGACGCUUAAGGUACGCGUGGUGUUCAACGCGUCCCAAACCUGUGCCUCGGGCGCUUCGUUGAACUCGGUGGUCCGUGUGGGUCCCCGGUUGCAGCUCGAUCUUGGGGCCAUACUAUUGCGAUGGCGUUUGGCUCCCAUCGUGUUUAUCGCGGACAUUGAGCAGAUGUAUCGGCAGAUACAGGUCCACUCAGAGGACCAACCGCUCCAACGGAUCCUGUGGCGGUUCGGGCCCACGGAGCCAGUUCGCGAAUAUCAGCUGCGUACCGUCACGUACGGCACGGCCUGCGCGCCGUUCCUGGCAUUGCGCGUUCUACAGCAGCUGGCAAUGGAUGAGGGCCACCGCUUCCCGCGAGCUGCCGAGCUGUUGAGACGGUGCACUUACGUGGACGACGUAUUGGCGGGUACCGACACAGUACAAGAGGCACUCGCCCUACAGCAGGAGAUAGGCGAUCUCCUCAAGGCGGGCGGCUUCUCGCUAAAGAAGUGGGCGGCCAAUAACCAGGCGCUGCUGAAGACAGUGCCGGCGGACUGCUGCCUGCCACUGGUGCCCCUUCGCCAUCCUGACGAGCUCAGCACCUCGGUACUGGGGGUCCGUUGGGUGCCAGGGGAGGACGCAUUUGCCUACGGCGACGCCAGGAGCUUGCCCUCGACGGCGACCAAGCGCGCCAUACUAUCCGUCAUCGCGAGAAUCUUCGACCCUCUCGGAUGGAUAAGUCCAGUUGUCAUUGCAGGCAAGAUCCUGCUGCAGGAACUCUGGCUGGCGGGCGUCGGGUGGGAUGCAACGCUGCCUGAGGCGCUGGCGACCCAGUGGCAGCACUACCGGCGCGAUCUCAACGAGGUGAGCGACAUUCGGCUGCACCGUUGGUUGGGUUUUACGGCCGAAGCGGUCGCGGAAAUCCACGAGUUCUGCGACGCCUCCGAACGCGCCUACGCAGCCGCCAUCUACAUGGUGGUUCGGAUCCGAGGACGCCAACCGGUAUCGCGCUUGCUGACAGCCAAAAGCAAGGUGUCUCCGGUGAAGCGGGUAUCGCUGCCGCGACUGGAGCUCUGCGGAGCCCACCUACUGGCGCGACUCAUGCGCUGGGUGCGAGAGACGCUCUCACCCGUCUCCACGGUCAUGCACUGCUGGACCGACUCGAUGGUCGCGUUGACCUGGAUUCGGCAGCACCCAUCCAGAUGGGAUACGUUUGUGGGGAACCGGGUAGCCGCCAUACACGACCUGCUCCCGGCCGUUCAUUGGGGCCACGUCCCCACGAAGGAGAACCCGGCAGAUUGCGCAUCAAGAGGCCUGUCCCCUAGAUCACUGCGGGACCACCGAUUGUGGUGGCACGGGCCGGACUGGGUGGCUUUGCCUCCCGACCAAUGGCCUCAGGGGGAACCCGCGACCGCCGCGGCCUGCAGUAUGGUACACAUCCACGAAGGGGCGGCCGACCCGAAGACAGAACCCCUGUCGAGGGACUGGGAGGGGGCUGCAACUACCACCGCACAACCGAAUUGA